AUGGAAGAGCAAACAGGGCUCAGUUUGGAAGAUGAUUUUGAAGCACCAGAGUCUACACGUACAGGACCUAAAGGGGUGAUCAAUGACUGGAGAAAGUUUAAAUUAGAAGGUAAAGACAGAGAUGCCCUUCCUCUAAGCAAGAAAGAGAUUCUCAUCAGACAAAUGUCUUCACCCCAUCGCCCUCAUAGUAGAGACGUUAAAGACUCCAGAGAACGAUUCAGUCGCAAGAUGAGCGUGCAGGAGUAUGAGCUAAUUAAUGAGGAGAAAGAAGAUGAAAGCUGUCUACAGAAAUACCGCAAACGCUGUAUGCAGGACAUGCACCAGCGGCUAAGCUUUGGGCCUAAAUAUGGUUAUCUUUCAGAGCUGCAGAACCGGGAACAGUUCCUGGAAGCUGUUGAGAAGGAAUGGAAAACCACCACAGUCAUUGUCCACAUCUAUGAAGAUGGCAUCAAGGGCUGUGAGGCACUCAACAGCAGCUUGACUUGUCUUGCUGCUGAAUACUCCACAGUGAAAUUCUGCAAGAUCAAGGCUGCAAACACCGGGGCUGAAGACCGUUUCUCCACUGAUGUGCUCCCAACACUUCUUGUGUACAAAGGUGGGGAGCUUGUAAGCAAUUUCAUUAGUGUAACUGAACAGUUCAAUGAAGAGUUUUUUGCUGUGGAUGUGGAGGCAUUCCUAAAUGAGUAUGGGUUACUACCAGAGAAGGAGAUUCCAGCACAUGAGAAUGGCAGCUUGAAUGAGCAAGAGGUUGAAUAGCUGACAAGAAAUCUAAUACUUCAGCAUUUCCUAUGCUUCUUCAGACAGUACAUAUUGCAAUUGGAUCUCAGCUGGACUCAUGUUCA